CAUCUUCCAUCGUCCUCUUUGCUUCUCUCAUCUACCAACCCACCCGAUUUCCACUACCUUUUUCCACUCAAAACAUCAAAUCAAGACAAAAUGACUCGUCAAUUCUUCGUCGGCGGAAACUUCAAGAUGAACCCGACUUCGCGCGAGGCGAAGAAGGCGUUGAUCAAGGUUCUUAACGAGGCUACCUUGGACCCCAACACUGAGGUCGUCAUCGCGCCGCCAUCACUCUAUCUUAUCCCUGUCCUCGAGCAAGUGAGGAAGGAAGUGAAAGUCGCUGCCCAGAACUGCUACUUCAAGCCUAACGGCGCCUUCACUGGAGAGCUCAGCCCUGCGCAGUUGAAGGAUGCGGGUGUUCCCUAUGUUGUGCUUGGCCACUCCGAGCGCCGUAGCCUCUUCCAUGAAGACUCGGCCCUUGUCGCCCAGAAGACCCGUGCGGCGAUCGACACCGGUCUCAGCGUCAUUCUUUGCGUUGGCGAGACUCUUCAGGAGCGUGAAAGCGGAAAGACACAGGCCGUGGUCGAGGAGCAGUUGAAGGCCUUCAUCGACAUCAGCAAGCCCGAGGACUGGAGCAAAAUCGUCAUCGCCUACGAGCCUGUUUGGGCCAUCGGUACUGGCAAGGUUGCGACCCCUGCGCAGGCCCAAGAGACUCAUGCGCUCACCCGUGCCUUCCUCGCGACGGCUGUGUCUAAGGAGGUCGCGGAGAGCGUACGCAUCAUCUAUGGUGGUAGUGUGACCGCUUCUAACUCCAAGGAGCUUUCGAAUCAACCCGACAUCGACGGCUUCCUCGUCGGUGGGGCUUCGUUGAAGCCCGAGUUCGUAGAUAUCAUCAAUGCGAAGAAGGCCUAAACGGGGGUGUCAUGUGGAUUCUUUUUGACAUUCGUAGACAAAGGAUGGAAGGAAAGGUAAAGCAGAGAGGAAAAAGCAUUGUAACAUGUAAUCUUUGUUGUUGUCGUUGUAGAACAUAAAUGCCUAGGCCAUCACAACUAUUCUAAAUAGAAGCAAAGAAAUGCGGAAUCUAAUCGCAUUACUGUGUUGAGUGGA